UCGGCCAGCUCUAGGGGGCUGGCGCUGGAGCGCAGCGCAGCGCCUCCCUAUCCGUCCGCGGAGCGGACUCAACUGGAAGCCGAGCGCUGCCGCGGGAGGCGAGCGAUGGGGGCAGGUGCCGCCGGCUGCGCCAUGGACGGGCCGCGCCUGCUGCUGCUGCUGCUGUUCCUGGGGGUGUCCCUUGGAGCUGCCAAGGAGGCAUGUCCCACGGACCUGUACACCCACAGCGGGGAGUGCUGCAAAGCCUGCAACCUGGGUGAGGGGGUGGCCCAGCCUUGUGGAGCCAACCAGACCGUGUGCGAGCCCUGCCUGGACAGCGUGACCUUCUCGGACGUGGUGAGCGCCACGGAGCCGUGCAAGCCGUGCACCGAGUGCGUGGGCCUGCAGAGCAUGUCGGCGCCGUGCGUGGAGGCGGACGACGCCGUGUGCCGCUGCGCCUACGGCUACUACCAGGACGAGACGACGGGCCGCUGCGAGGCGUGCCGCGUGUGCGAGGCGGGCUCGGGGCUCGUGUUCUCGUGCCAGGACCGGCAGAACACCGUGUGCGAGGAGUGUCCCGACGGCACGUACUCCGAUGAGGCCAACCACGUGGACCCGUGCCUGCCCUGCACCGUGUGCGAGGACACCGAGCGCCAGCUGCGCGAGUGCACGCGCUGGGCUGACGCAGAGUGCGAGGAGAUCCCUGGCCGUUGGAUUACCCGGUCCACACCCUCGGAGGGCUCGGACAGCACCGCCCCCAGCACGGAGGAGCCAGAGGGACCGCCAGAGCAAGACGUCAUAGCCAGCACCGUGGCCGACGUGGUGACCACAGUGAUGGGCAGUUCGCAGCCCGUAGUGACCCGAGGCACCACUGACAACCUCAUCCCUGUCUACUGCUCCAUCCUGGCCGCCGUGGUUGUGGGCCUAGUGGCCUACAUUGCCUUCAAGAGGUGGAACAGCUGUAAAGAAAACAAACAAGGAGCCAACAGCCGGCCUGCGAACCAGACGCCCCCGCCCGAGGGGGAAAAGCUCCACAGUGACAGUGGCAUCUCUGUGGACAGCCAGAGCCUGCAUGACCAGCAGCCCNGGGGAAGGACUGCCAGAGGGGCUGCCCUCAAGGGGGAUGGAGGUCUGUACAGCAGUCUGCCACCAGCCAAGCGGGAGGAGGUGGAGAAGCUGCUCAAUGGCUCUGCGGGGGACACCUGGCGACACCUGGCAGGCGAGCUGGGCUACCAGCCUGAGCACAUAGACUCCUUCACCCACGAGGCCUGCCCCGUCCGAGCCCUGCUUGCCAGCUGGGCCGCUCAGGACAGCGCAACGCUCGACGCCCUCCUGGCCGCCCUGCGCCGCAUCGAGCGAGCUGACAUCGUCGAGAGCCUGUGCAGCGAGUCCACGGCCACGUCCCCGGUGUGAGCCGCCCCGGAGCCCCUGCCCUGCCCCCACAUUCUGACGACUGAUGCUCCAGCCACCCCCACGGGCCAGCGUCAGAGCUGAGCUCCUCUGGGCAGGGCCGCAGAGCCCGGGCCCCUCCACCACAGCCCUGUCCCUGCUCCCGUGUGGCCCCAUCGCUUCUGAUCACUGUCUCCAGCGCCAGAAGUGCCCUGCUGCCUCUCCUACCCUGCUCCUAACCAUCACAUCUCACAUCUUCUGCUCCCUUCUCCCCACACUUCUAGGUGGGCCAGCCCCUCCCACCCCAGCAGGUGUCAGGCCUGCGGGGCUGACACCAAGGAUGGUGUUGGGGGCAAUGACAAAGCCCCAGAGACUCAAAGGGAGAGACUGAGGAACCAGAGCCAUGGACUCUACACUGUGAACUUGGGGAAUCAGGGACCGUUAUUGUGGCCUACGUCCUCCCUCAGCCCCCUCACCCUCCUCUCUGGCCCAAGAUGAAGACAACCUGAGGCUUGUCAGAGCUGGAAGGGGGUUUUGAAGUCUUGUCCACCCCCUUUGUUUUACGUAAGGACAGUCAGGCCCAGAGAGAGGGAGUGACUUGCCCAAAGCCACCCAGCAAUGGGGAGGACAAAUGCGGGCUGGCCCCUCACUCUCUGAAUUAGGGGGUGCAGGCCUCAGGUUUGCGUGAGGGCAGGGAGCCGGGCGGGGUGGGGGAGGAGGGGGGCAGGCAACCCUCUGGGAAAUGUCUCAAAGCCAAAUCCAGUCUGCCCCCUACCGUCUCCAGGCCCGUACAACCCCCGUGGAGAUGGGAGGCUUCGCCCAAGGCCAGGUGUGCUGAUCCAUCGUGGUCAGUGACGGACUGGAUCGAGCGCGGUUUGG